AUGGCAGAUGUUCGAAAUGUCGUGUUGUUGUAUCGAAGGAGUGAAGGUCUGAAGUUUGAAGGAUAUUGGAACAAUAGUAACAACAAAGAAGUUUUGUUUAAAAAAGGAGGUGAACUUUUCGUCAAGCGUAAGGUUAAGGAUACUUCAGACGAAUCGAUAAGGACUGUUUGA